AGAGUCCACUGUAAGUAGAAUGUUUUUACUGGAUACGGUCGAUACCGUGUUAGAUGGAAACAUACAGGAUUUUAUUUCAUCAAUUACCUUCAAAAUCGAAAAGAGCAAAGAGAAGUUUUUACCACGAAAAGUAUGCCAGAGGUGCCUGGAACUGCUUAAAUUUUUUGCCAAAUUCCGCUCCAAGUUAUACACCAUACAGUUGCUAAUGGAUUCACUAGUGGAACUAAAAUUAUCAAAUCCGGAACCAAUCAAAAACUUAUUUCAAACCAAAUCAGAACAAUUAACAGUUCUGUUCAAAGAUCUCGAUCUGUGCACGAAAAACGACGCUCUGGUGGAUGACUUAAUAAAUGAGUUUCAUGAGUACCGUAUUGCUAAAAUGGGCCAGCGUGACACAAGCGAGAUUUCUUUCGAAAAAAUAGUAUUUGAACAUAACUAUUUCUAUGCAGAAGAAUGUACUACUACGGAAUUGUCUGAGCUGCUAAUUGAGCCUGUAGAGAAUGAACUUGAACCUGUGGUGGAAAUCGCAGGUCACCCGGAAGGAGAUCAAUCAUAUAAUCAGGAUGAAUCGGAUCGUGUUGAAUGCAAAAAUCCAAAAAAGGUUAGAAAGCGUAUUCGAAAAUAUGCAGGCCAACGACUGGCUGAGCCUCUGCAAUGCUCGCAAUGUGAUUAUCAGUCAAACUAUCCGGCCAGAUUCGAAAAGCACGAACUUUCGCACAGCUUGAGAUAUGAAUGUCGACAUCCCGGGUGUUCGAAAGUAUUCCUGAGCUGUAGGUCGCGCAGCAGCCACUAUUCAUCGUGUCACAAGGCCGUAGUUUGUGAGACGUGCGGUAAACAAUUCAUGAGUAACGCUUCGUUGACCACGCACAGAGAACGGCAUCAAAAUCUGUUGCAAUAUGGAUGCUCAUUCUGCGGUAAGAAACAUAACACGAAACAGGAUCUUCGACUUCACAUAAAUAACCGUCACAACGCAGCUCAUUUCUACUCGUGUGAAACAUGUGGGCUGCAGUUCAAGCGAAAAUCGGUGCUGAAUGAUCAUGUUUUAAUUCACUCCAAUAGAAGAGAUUACAAGUGUGACAAAUGCGAUAAAGCUUUUGUACGCCCGGCUACCCUUAAACUGCAUCGUCAAACCGUACACGAUAAGGUACGCUUUACGUGCGAGCUCUGCGAUGAAUCUUACGUCAGGAAGUUGAAACUUCAGGAUCACAUGGAGUAUGUGCAUAGGAUUCAGUGCAAGUUCCCUUGCGAUGUUUGUCUGCAGAUCUUUAGAGACCAGAGUUCCUUAGAUGCGCACAGAGCGCGUCAUGAUAAUCCUACAGAUCAGGAGUGUGGCGUGUGUCUAGCUGGAUUUCCAAAUGAUGACGAAGUGAAAACUCAUCUGUGCAUUACCUACAGGGAUGACUAUAUUUGCUGUGAAAAGGAUUUUCGAUAUCAUUACGCAUACAACAAGCACAUGCUACUUAAGCAUGGUAUUCGAACCAAUGUACGCGUCAAGCCAAUUCCUAACGUAUUGCUUGGAGAGAUAAGAGCCAAACGGAAACGGAUCGAAUCCUGUCCAAAAUGUGAGACUGUGUUUGCAACUAGAAAUCAAAAAAAGUUGCACAUGGAGGAAUGUACGGGUCCCGUUGAGACCCUUGAUAAGCUAGAAGAAGAUGACUAUCUGAUGGAUAAUCUGUAA